UGAAUAUAAACCGAGAGAGAGAUUGAUUGAUUAUUUUAUUAUUAGAGGGAAGAGGUACACUGGAUAAUAUUGUUUGAUCAAGGAAUAGAUUUCAUCUAGAGAACAGAUAGAGAGGGUGACACAGAUACAGACUGGAGGGAGGGGAGAGAGAGAGUGUUCAAGGGUUCAAGGGUGUUUCGAAGGUAUGCGGUUCUGUAGAGUUGUGCUCAGUGAUCGCUGGUGUGUUUAGAGGCUGGUGUGUGUGUUUGUGUUUCUAUAUUGAUUUCCACGCCAAGACAACGAGGAUUACAAAAUGGACAUCCUGGAAACGCAAGCUUACUGGCGCAGAAAAGGAAGGAGAACAUUGGCUGAACUGGUUGCCAGUUUGCUUCCCUUCGUCGUUUCCAGUUCAGCAUAUUUCUAUCUCUGGCUGCCCGAGUCUAGCCCCUCCCCCUUCUCUGCGGCGGUGAAGUCCGCCCCCGUACUGUCAUUGGCUGGUCUGGUGUGGUGUCACAAAGGGGGGCGGUCCCUGUGCAGUUCUAUAGGGGCGGUGCAGGUGGGGCUGCUCCUGUCUGCAGCCGGAGAUGUGUGUCUGAUCUGGAAAGAGACAUUUCUUCAUGGAAUGCUGUUUUUCGCUGUAGCUCACAUCUGCUACUCCCUCUCCUUCUCGUCCCGCCCCCCGUUCCCGCGCUCCCGCCUCUCCCCCCCUCUCCUCCUCCUCCUCUCCCUCUCUCUCUGGGUGCUUGCGGGUCUCUCUCUCCUCUAUUUGCUCCCUCAUCUCAGCGCGAGGCCGGAUUCCUCUCUCCUGACCCCAGCAGUGGGUCUCUAUUCCUUCCUCAUCACGACAAUGGUCAACCUCGCCCUGCUGACCCCCCGGCCUCUGACCCUGGCCGGCGCCCUCCUCUUCACGGCCUCCGACCUCACGCUGGCCCGCCACACCUUCGUCGCUCCGUUGCCCUGGGGGCGGGCCGUCGUCAUGGGGACCUACUACUUGGCCCAGGUCCUCAUCGCCGUGGGCGGAGUCAGGGAAGGAAGUGGCGUCGUCGCCGACGGGCUAUGGAACAGGAAGAGGAAGUAAAUGGGAAGGGGAACAGGAAAGGGGGAGGUGAAAAUAAACUCUUGGAGGGAAAAACAUUUUUUCUUAUGUGUUUGUGAUCUUUACAAUGGAAAUAAUGCAUUACACUGAGAGGCAAUGGCAGCACAAGCAUAGGGCAGCUGCAAUGGGAUGCCAUUGGUAG